CUCCGGUUUUGCCAACUGCUAGUAACCGAAUUUAGGUAACCUAACCUUCCCUGUGUCUCGCUCUGAAUAUUUUCGAGAUUGUCUGGUCUUAUAAAUUAUAAAUUAGCGUUCUGGAAAAUUUAACAGACCAAAACUGACGGAAAAUAAUCUUGCAGUAAUCAUUGUAAUAAUAACUUCAACGUGGUCGCGACUAGCAGCAGACCAAGAGCAGACGAUAUUGACGACGACGUCAACGUCCUCAACGUACACAAACACAAACCAACAAACCGAGGCACCAACAGCAGUAAUUGUUGCAUCUGCUCGCGAAACUUAAUCUUGCGGCAUUGCCCUAUUCCUUAUAGGUGUGUCUUUAUGAAAUCUGUCAAGUCUGGCGUUGUACCGUAUCAGUAAUGGAUAGGGAGGACCGUUCAUUGGAAGAUUUUGAUGGAUCCACCCCAAGUUUUAGGGGAGCAACCUUACGUAUACAUCAAGAAGAUAACCCCACCGCCGAUAGUCUUGCGACUCUGCCAGACUCUCAGCCAAACAAUGCGGGUAUUUGGCCUAAAUUCCUUUCAGUUGGAAGAGAGACGAAUAAUUUGUCACCCUCCGAAGUUGAGUCAGUGUCAGGAACAUCCAGAAUGGACGUAGCUGCAAUGCCUUGUCCGGAAGAUCAUCUUCGUAAUUUGUUUGCUUCUCGUGAAGGAUUGGUUGAUCAAGCUGUUAAUGAUAGCACUGAAGCAUUUGUAAACUUUGAAUUAGAUGGAGACAUUUUGGGACGAUAUAUUUUGACUGAGAUUAACAUAUGGGAUGCUGAAAAAGAAAGAUUAGUGCUUCUAACAACCAAUUCACUUCUGGUUAUAAAAUUUGACUUCAUAGCCUUGAAACCUUUAGAGGUUCGAAGAACACCCCUCCUACAAAUUGAUACAAUUGUUGUUGGAGAACUUGUGUAUCCCCCAGCAUCACUUGUGCCGCGUAUGAAUGGUCUGGCAUCAGGUGUUUCAACCGUUGUGAAAGGUUGUCUCCUUCAUUGGACCCGUCCCUCAGAGUUAUGCCACACUGCCUUGGAUGUAUCCCAGUUUGAACCCAGAGCUCGUGAUAUGCAAGGUCUGCGUAUCAUGUGGAACAACGGAGAACCAAUUGCCUUUUCUAAAAAAUGGAACCCGUUUAACAAUGAUAUUCCCUUUCUUACUUUUGCCUCACAUCCUUUACUGUCACAUCAAGAUGCAUCUUCUAAAGAAGGAGAUAAUCAAAAUCCUAACAUGUUUGUUAGUUAUGAUGUUGAAAAAUUAUCUCAACAACUUUUAACAGCUAUGGAAAAUUUGCAAAAGUCAACCAAGUGUUUGGUCCAGCAUAAGCCAAUUCUUCUUCACAAUUACUUAUCAAUUGGAUCUCUGAUCCACAAUAGAAAUUCCCUGGGAUUUUUCAAAGUACGGGGUAGAUUCAGUUUCUGAAAUAUCUGUGUGCUGGAAGCUAAAUUUACAUUCAUCAGUACAUAGUACAAUGGUUUUUUUUAUUCUUCCAUAAAGAAUUGUCUAUAUUUUAUUCUGUGUCUGUCAUGUUUACUAACGGUAGUGCUCCUUGUCAAGCACACCUGGUAGUUUUCAUUCUACCUGUGAUGUGUAAAGUCUACUCAGAAAACAGGUGACAUUUCCAAUCAGCAUUAUUAUGAAAAGGACAUUUUUACAUACAUAUCAAUACUGGGCAUUUAGUAUUUCUCUUUUGUCCAAAUAUCUUCUAUAAAUAUUUUUAGUGCUUCGACAUUAAUAAUUAACAACUGUUCUGACAAUCUUUUUCUUCAAUUUCAUGUCUGAAGUUCAAACUCAUCUCUUGUAUGUUUGAAAUUUUGAUCUCUUGAUCAACUUUGGUUUGCUGAGUACAUAUGAAUUGUUGACUAGUUACCAGUAAUUUUAAUUCUUAACCAACUUUUAAGUAGGUAAACAGUACCUAAUUUUGCCAAAAAGUUGUGUCAAGAUAUGUUUUUGCCUAUGUGCCAAUGAAACUAUUUCCUGUACUUUUUACUUAUUCCUCUUCUUAAAAAAAAAAACUACCAAAAAAUUAUAUGAUAUAUAAUAUAUCAAAUACCAAUGUUUUGUGUGAUUUGGGGAAUGAACUUGAAGUGGGGUGGGUUGGUUGUUUGGUUUUUGUUGCAUUUUUACAUCUGCACUUGUUUACCAACAUGAUCUAUCAGGUUUGUGAUUACCUAGUUACUGCAAUGGGGUUGUGCACUAGUAUUUGUUUCUGUGAUAAAAGAUAAAUGUUUUUGUUUUGUUCUGUUUUAUAUUCAGUGUAAUUAAAACAUUUGUGGUUCA